UUUUAGGGUUCUUGCUAGCUAGCUUGUAUGGUCUCAAGAGAGUUUGGAGAUGGCAGCGAUCACCACGGGAUCGCGAUUGAACGUCGCAGCAUUGGACGCCGAAAAUCCGCCCUCUGCGAUCGAGAAAUGGGGGCCGGAGACGGCGAUUCUCUUCGUCGUCGUGUCGCUGGCGAUUGGGACGGUGUCGAGGCAAAUCUUGCACAAGACCAAGGUUCCGUACACUGUGGCGCUGCUGGUGAUUGGAAUGGGGCUGGGCGCUCUGGAAUAUGGAACUCAACGGGGCCUGGGAUCUCUCGGCCAUAGCAUUCGCUUGUGGUCGAACAUUCAUCCCAAUCUCAUUCUCUACGUGUUCUUGCCGGCUCUUCUUUUCGAGAGCUCGUUUUCCAUGGAAGUCCAUCAAAUCAAGAGAUGCUUGUUACAGAUGGUACUCCUCGCGGGCCCUGGAGUGGUCAUUUCAACAUUUUGUCUGGGGCUUUUCAGCCACUUUAUUCUUCCUUAUGGAUGGAGCUGGAGUGUGUCCUUAUUACUGGGAGGGCUUCUCAGUGCCACGGAUCCUGUAGCGGUUGUCUCUCUUCUCAGAGAUGUGAAGGCAAGCAAAAAACUGAGCACGAUAAUUGAGGGGGAAGCAUUGAUGAACGAUGGAACAGCAAUGGUGGUGUUUGAGCUUUUCCAUCAAAUGGUGCUCGGGAAACAUUUCUCUGCUGGCGACAUUUGCAAAUUCUUGUCUCAAGUUGCAUUGGGAUCCGUGGCUCUGGGCAUGACUUUUGGAAUGCUGUCGAUCUUUUGGCUCGGGAUCAUGUUUAACGAUACCGUUAUAGAAAUCACGCUGACUUUCACAGCAAGUUAUUGUGCGUUCUUCAUAGCUCAGCAUGUUGCUGGUGUUUCUGGAGUGCUGGCAGUCAUGACGGUUGGCAUGUUAUUUGCAGCGUUUGGGAGGGCUGCUUUCAAAGGUGAAAACCAACAGAGUAUGCAUUGCUUUUGGACCAUCAUUGCAUACUUUGCAAAUACCGUUAUUUUCAUCCUAAGUGGCGUAGUCAUUGCGGAAAGCUUCCUGCGAAGUCAAUCAGAAAUUGAAGGUCGCGACUGGGCAUAUUUGCUGUGUUUGUACUUCUUUCUACAGCUAUCACGGGCAUUGGUAGUGAUUGCACUGUAUCCCGGCUUGAGUUAUUACGGAUAUGGAUUAAGUUUCAAGGAGGCUCUUAUACUAGUCUGGUCUGGUCUUCGAGGUGCCGUAGCACUUGCUCUGUCACUUUCUGUAAAGGAAAGUGAAAAUGAUCAGAGUGUCGCAGGAAGAAUACAAGCAAAGUUUGUCUUCUUUACAGGGGGCGUGGUUUUCCUAACGCUCAUUGUGAACGGUACGUCAACACAGUUUCUUUUGAAGUUUCUCCACAUGGAGAAAACCUCGGAGACGAAGAGGCUUGUGUUGGAGCACGUAAACUACGAAGUGAAUAGCAAGGCAGCUGAAGCAUUCGAAGAGCUUGGAGAAGACGAAGAACUUGGUCCCGCUGAUUGGCCGACCGUGCGCAAAUAUAUAAGCUGCUUGAAUCGACUUCCAGAAGACGAAGCGCGUAUCCAUCCCCAGGAUGCCCCGACUAGCGAGGGUGACACGCGUAAGACACAGCUGCAAGACCUCCGUCUGCGCUUCCUAAAUGGAGUACAAGCGGCUUACUGGGUGAUGCUUGAAGAAGGAAGAAUCACACAGACGGCUGCCCUGCUGCUAAUGCAGUCCGUGGACGAGGCUCUGGAUAGAGUCGCCAAGCAGGAUGUUCUUUCGGACUGGAGCGGUGUGCAUCCCCAUGUCCACUGCCCCAGCUACUUGAAGCAUCUACAAACAGGAAAUUUCUUUUUGCCGCAGAAGUUGUUAACUUACCUGGUUGUGGAGCGUCUGGAGCUUAGUUGCUACAUUAGUGCUGCGUUUCUUCGUGCUCAUCUCCUUGUUCGACGUCAUCUACGAGCUUUCAUAGGAGAAACGGAAGUUGGAGAGAUUGUGAUUAAAGAGAGCGAAGAAGAGACUGUCGAAGCUAAGCAGUUUUUAGAGGGUAUACGUCUCACAUUUUCACAGGUAUUGCUUGUUGUGAAAACCAAACAAGUUGUCCAUGCAAUUUUACUUCGCAUCUCGGACUAUAUUCAAAGUUUGGAAAAAUCCGGUCUGCUCGAGGAUAGCGAAACAAUGCAUCUUCACGAUGCUGUGCAGGCUGAUUUGAAAAGGUUACUGAGAAAUCCUCCAAGCGUUUCAAUGCCGAAGGGAGCAGAUCUUUUGCGUACUCAGCCUUUUAUAACAUCUCUUCCGAGCCAAAUUCAAGCCCUGAUUUUUAAUUCCUCGAAGGAGUUCCUGAAGCUGAGAGGCAGCGUUCUCUAUAAAGAAGGCUCUCGUGCGGACGGCCUUUGGCUUAUAGCGAAUGGUAUUGUCAAGUGGAACACUAGUAGCAAUUCCAGGCAUCUAUUGCAUCCAACGUUUUCUCAUGGCAGUACUUUGGGUCUUUACGAAGUUAUCAUGGGAAAGUCGUUCCUCUGUGAUUUGAUCGCAGACUCGGUGGUUCAGUGCUUUUAUUUGGAAGCGUCUAAAGUAUUGUCUAUCUUACAAGCCAACACAGAGCUGGAACAGUUUUUUUGGCAGGAAAGCACCCUUCCGGUUUUGAAGAUAAUUUUACCGGAUUUUUUCGAAGCAAUGCCUAUGCAUGAGCUCCGAGUCAUUGUCCAGAAUUCUAGCAUGAUAUCUUUCAUCCGCGGAGAGAUUAUUGAAGUACCAGUUUGCGAGAUAGGCCUUCUUAUUGAAGGAUUUAUCAAGCAGGACGGGGAAAACGAAAUAAUCGGAGCCCCGGCUGGAAUUGUUUGUCCCAGCCACGAGACAGAGCGGAAGGUUUCUGGCAACGGUGUCUUUUACGGAAACAUAUUUCACGUAGAGACGCGCUCUCGUCUGGUUCUCAUCAGGCACAACUUCCACACGAGAGUUUCUUCGCAGUCCUUGCUUUCCCGUCGAUCCAGUGCAAUCGGGCAUGACAGCAGCUUCAGCUUGAGGUACCGAGGAAGGCACGGGUCGGAUCAAAGCCGGAACUCGGAGCAGCAGAUCCUUGCUCGGAUGAGGCAAGGCUCGGCAACAACAACGAAGGCGAACGAAGCCAACGUUCUUGAAGAAAUCAAGGUGGAGAGCGCGUGGAAACGAGGAAGCACGGGCCAGAUAUGGCCACAGCAGCCUCAAGCCGUCCCACCUUUGUUCCCGGGAGGAGUCCCGCGACGCUCGCUCGAGAGGCCGCGAGAACUCCAGCCUCAAGGAAGCCUGCCGCUCAUCUCAGCGCCGCCGGUUCCGCCACUCCCGGCCCUGAGAACGCGGCGGAAGCUCCGGAAGAAGCAGCUGUCCAGCGAUUCCAGCGACGCCUCCUCCGGCGACGAGGAGGAGGAGCACAUCGUGCAAAUCGAGUCGCCCAGCAGCCUCUUCCACAACGCUUUCAAGUGAAACAAGAGUUAGUUUGUACGGGCGGUGGGGCUGGCGACCGUACGCUUCUAGGGCGCGCGGAUUUGGGCCACUCGAUGCUUUUGCCCUAGGGUUUGAGCUGUUUGUGAUCUUUGCCA